GAUUGACCUCUGCUGCGCUAAUCUGCUAUACAGGCCCUAUUAAACCCACGGGCCGCAGUCACAAUACGCAGUCGUGAACAAUCUAACGACUCGCGAGGUUGUUGAAGUUUGUCAUGGAGAAAAUAAUAUUUGUUUUAUCACUCGUCGCCGCGGCGUGCGGUAUUCAGUACGAUGGCCUUAGAGUGAAAUUCGGCUGGUCGGAUGCUCUGGCGGACAUGGAGUACUUCUUCUCCAUUCCCCGGACGAUCAGCGAGGUGGAGACCGAGGGCUGGACGCGGACAGAGCGCCCCCCAGGACCGCUCCCCGAGCUGAGGAUGUACUGUCCUCCAGGGAGGACCGUCUGCCCCUUGUACGACACUGCUGGAUUUGUGGCUGGACUUAUGAUUGCUCUUCCAGUAGACGAGUACGACUCUCCGCCAGUGAAGCCAGAGAAGAAGUUCGUGAAGUGGUCAGCACCAGCCUCAGAGGGGGAGCCCGCGAGAGACUACUGGACGGCCACGCAGUACUUCGUUUCGGAAGACCACGUGAUCUCCAUAGAAUCGCUGAAGGCGGGCGCCGGCCCGACCCUGGAGAGUGGGGCGACGCUGCAGGACGGCGGCGUGUGGGUGGCGGGACACGAUAAGCGACUCAUGCGCAUACCCAGCACUGAGGCCGAACUCAACAGCACCACUUUUAAGAAACAAAACUGUAUUCCUAAUAUGGGCAUACAUUACUACUACAACAUGACAAAAGAUCUGAACUGCGAGGAACUGCUGCCAUGGUUCGCGCUGACGACGCAGGGGGACCUGGUCGGCACCGGCUUCCAGGUCAUCGGCAGGCUGCCCAAGCCGAAACAUCGUAACUGGUUCGAGUCCUUUGAAAACCUUAAACAGGGAAUUAAGGUGGCUAUCCCUAAUUCACCGGACUGCCUCGGCGACUGGGCUGACAAGUACGGCCUCAUUUCAAUGCACAUCUACUUCGUGAAGGAUCCCUGGAACAUCAAGUGCUGGGCUGGCGACUCGAUACAAGCAGCUCCGACUAUAGACCGACUUCUUCUCAACGGUUACAGAUUCGCCAACAAGAUAACUGAUGAAGUCUAUAAGAUUUUCACCGGAUAACUAUAUAUGUUUAGGGUUAUAUUUAUGAUCAAUUUAGAUAUAAGACAAACAUUUCAAAUUGACGUAAUUACAUUAGCUCACUACUAUGGCAGAUUAUUUUUGUAAUUCAAAUAGGUAAUAAAACAUAUAUCCUAUAAUUUAAAUCUGUUUAGUCCGUCAGACAGAUUUCCGAAAAAUAUUGAAUAUGUUCAUAUUUUUCAUUUUACCACGUUACCACGUCCAGUUUACCAUGUUUUAAAAAGUAACGAAGAUUAAAAGCACUUAAGACGAAGACAUUUAUGAUAGUGGGGGCUAGUAACAACACUUGAUAUUAAAAGAGUACCGGUAAGUGGCGUCACACGAGAUUUCAAAUCACUGUUUAAAGUUUUGUUUACAAGAUUAAAGAGAAAAUAAGAAUCCAAUUUUUUUGGAAAGCUGUCUCAAAUCUGACGGACUAAGCACAUUUUUCUUGACAAAUACAUUCUACCCUAUUAAGUAAUGAUCAUGAUGUAAAAAAUAAUUAUACCUUAGCGUAAUGAGUAGUACGUAACUAUUGUCUUUAAAAGACAGGACUUUUUAUUGGAGGCUAGGCUCAAGGCUGGCUAUUAUUAAUUGGAUAUUUGUGACCAAAGAACAUUGAAUAUUUUCUGUUAAAAACGAUGAAUACUAGGUAUCGGUUAGUAUCUAAAAAUUGUAAGAAACUGAAGAAACCGUUAGUACGGAAUACCAUACAUAAGUUUCAUAAUAUAAGUAGAUAUUAAAGUAUAAGUAAAAAUAAGUAUUA